GCGCCAUACAGCAGAGGAAAUAAAUGUGACAGGCAAAAACAAGGAAGCGGUGAAGCGACACCUAAUCUUACACUGCUGUUUUUUUAAAUAAAUAAUAGUUUUUAAGGUUUAAAAACUGGUUUAAUUUGAAGUAAUGAAUGGCGGACAGCAUCGUGAUUGCCUUUGACUCAAACAGGGAAAUGCUUUCUGUUUGACGUUGUCAUGCGGUUCGUGGAAAACAAAAUAGGCAUUUUCUCCUCUCACUAUUGCUCGUCUUUGUUCGGGACUGGGCCAGCCAGCACGGGUCUUCAUGCCGGGGUGAAACUUUCGUGAUCGGCUGACCGGGAGCUGAUCUCUUUGCCGUUGCUUGGAGUUGUCUGCUCGGCGGGAGGCGCUGGAUGACCGGGGUUGACAUGGAUGACGCCAUCUCCCUCAGCUCAGGAGACUCCGAUGUUGAGAUCGUUGGGUCUUACGGAGGCUUCAAGUCUAAACCGCCGCUUUCUGAGGUUCGGGUGGACGUUGAAGCUGUGAACAUCAACAUCCCACGGCAUUAUAUCGACCUCACUGAUCCAAGAUGGGCUUGUCCAGAGCUCAAGCUGCGCCCAAGGCUUAAUCUCACAGAAACACCUGUAAUAGACUUGACUGAGAACCAGACAAAGGAGACAGAACCAGAGACAAACGGCUGUCCUCUAAAUGGGGACAGUGGGUUGGAACAAGGCAUCAUGAAUGGGAAUAACAUCCUAAACAGCCAAGAUUUUAAACAACUAAAAAACUUUUCAGAAGGCUCUGAUGUUUUCUGUCCUCAGGAGAUCUGUCAGACUCCAAAGCCAAAGAAUAGAUGUUUGGAUUUUCCUACCCAACUACAGAAGCAAAAUGUUCCAGUAAAACCCUCUCAGGAUUUCCCCGAUGUGAAACUGGAGCUAUUGUCAUCUCUCAAAUCACAUACCAAAGGACUAGAAACUUCAGGGCCUAGCCAACCGCAAACCAACGUUUCUGAGCAGAUUUCACUGUGUUCUACACAGGACUAUAACGGUGCAUCACAAAAAUGGAAAACUAGGUUAGAAAUGACUCCUUCUUCAUUAAAUAUGUCUCAAGUGGACUCGGUGGUCACCGAGUGUCUUCCAGAACGGUUGAAAUCUGCAGCGGAAGGACAUGAAACCCCAAAGGAACAUAUAAGCAAACUGUUACAGGAUCAGACAAUGGAGCCCCUUCAAGUUACUGCUGAUUGUCUGAAUGCAAAGGAGGGAUUGGAUUCAAUUCUAAACCAGCACAAAGCUAUAGAAAACAAUCUAGAUGGCUUUCAUUCUUUAGAAAUGAUUACGUCAUCAACUCUUACAUCUUCAUCUCAACAUCAAACACAAAACAAAGAUUUUUGCUCAGUCUUGGAAAUGCCAGCUUUAGACAAGUCUAAACCCAGACAAAGAUAUUGCUCCGAUAAUCCUUCCUCCGUCCAUGGCGACCAGUCACCCAAGUCCGACCACACGCCUCGUAGAUGCACCCCUGAGUUGAAGCUGGAGACUCACAGAGAGGAUACAGGGGGGGCCAGUCCAAUAUCAUUGCCAUGGCAAGACGAAAGUGACGAAGAAGAUAUGAACGAAGAGAGCAGUCACUGCUCAGACUUCAGAGCAGUCAGUCGAGAAGAUCGGAGACACGUUUGCCCAAUUACUCUAAAGAAACUGAGGGCGGUUCAACGAUACGUUCUGAUCAAGAGAGACAAUGAGAACCCCAAAGCUGGUGAGGUGCUGUGUCGUCAGAAGCUGAGUCUGGUUUACAGUACAAUCGAGGAGAACUACCCAGAAGGCACUUUGCACCUGCUGUCUGACCUACUGCAGCCUGGUUACUAUCCUCCCAAAGAUAUAACCACCCACCUUCUUCGUGGGAUUCUGCUUGACCCACACUGUCCUUAUCACCUCUGCAUACAGUCUUUUAAUCUGCUGAUGAAGACCCAGAGACACCAUCGAGCUAAUAGAUCGUCGAUUCCUUGGGAUUGGGAGCUGCUUACUUCAAUCAUAUCCAAUAAACUUCAGAACGCCAAGGAACAAAAUGAUGACAAUCAGAAGCAUAAAUGGGAUGUUAUGCGCAUGCUUUUAGAGUACUCUGUGCAGACUUUAGAGGAUGACUUCAUUGCCAGAUGCAGUUCGUCUUCCCUUGGCCACUCGAUUGCAAAGGCGACCCUAUCAUGUGAUCGGCAGUUUUCUCGUGUCAGAGAUGUCAUAAAGUGGCUGUUUUGCAUCAUUAUGAAAACAACAGAGAAUGAAGACAGCAACGAAGGAAUUAAAAAGAAAGAUAACCAAAUCGGAAUAGUUUCCAGCUUCCAAAGGAUGCUGUGUCUGGCUCUGGAGGUUGACCGUUCUCCUGCUCUGAACGCUGCCAAGCUUUCCCAGGAGCUCUUCCAUAUGGUCCUCAGCCACAUGCCUCAAAGAGCACACAGGAUGCUGUUGCUGGAGAGCCUGCAGAGUAAGCUGCUGAGAUGUAAGCUGUUGGAACAGUUGCUGGACUAUGCAUGCCCACUCAAAAGCUCUUGUUCCAUGUCGCUUAGCCUGCUGCUGCACUUUUUGAAGAACUGCACUCUGGCAGCAGACCCAACGGAUGGCUUGGAACGUUGGCGAAAGUGGGAAGAGUUGAUACAUCUUCUGUGGAUGUUGCUGCUCAGCUAUGAUGAAGCAAUGAAUGGCUACUUGACCAGCUCUACCUCUGAACAAAUUGGAAAAGGAGGCACAUUAGUUUACAAGCCAGCCGACAAGGUGUCAAAGUCAGCUGUUCGAGAAGCAGUGGAAGCUUUCCUGUCCAGAUCCAAAGCAGACAUUGGGGAAACCUUACCUCUACAUGUGGAAGAGUCCCUAACUUAUCUCCAAGAUCACCUGUUGGAUGUCUGUCAGUGCUGAUAUUAAAAUAAAAAUACUUUACUACUGAUUUUAGACACUGGGAAA